AUGUCUGGGAUUUGUAGCAGGUAUUAUAAAACAAACAAAGACAAUCCUGACAUUCCGGAACGAUUCCUAAGACAUCUCAAAAAGGUGGGAUCUUACUAUUCAGCUUUGGUCGAUAUCACAGCAUGCGCCUGUAAUGAAAAGUACAAAAAACAAUUUUCUGAUAUGGAUUUGGUUUUGUUGAAGCCCGUUAUAGAUUCUCAACCCAUUUUUUCAUGGACGAGUGUUAUUAAAAAGUCUGUUCAUAUUACCGAAGAGUAUGAAAAAUUUAAGAAAAGUUGCUUGCACGAUCAUGUUAUAUUUGACAAAUUAAAGGAGAUAUAUGGGACAGAUAACAACAAUCCACAUUUGGACGAAGAAAAAAUUAAACAACAUUUAUAUUUACAUGCAGAAAUGAACAUAUUGAAGGAUAUUAUAAACCAAAGAGAUAAAAGACCGGUGUUUAUAGCGUUGUAUCAUAGAUGGUUACUUCCAGAUACAAAGGAUGUCACCUUCAAAAACGAUGCCUUGAAAUAUAUGAUAACAGAUCUUGAUCGGAUCAUAAGGAAAGAAUUACUAGAUAAGCAUGUUGAUAUUAGGGCGAGAUCUGAUAGUGAAGGAGAAAGUGGGAAUUCCGAUUAUGCUGUACAUGUUGAUGCAAAAGUUGAUGAUUUGAUUGAAUCCGAACUUUUCGGAGCAUGUUUGUCCACCAUAGAUGAUUUUGCUGGUGAUUUGUUUCCAGAGGUAACUGAUUUACAGGCUGGAGUCGAUUCUUUGACUACCUGUUCUGGGAGGGUUACAGGUUCAGCGCUAGUCAUGGAGAUCCUCCUCACAGUGAAUCAAGUCUGA